CAGUUUGUCGAAGGUAUAUGUAAUAUGCUCAGAGUUAUUUCCUGUUUUAGUUUGACGGGUGUAUUAUCAAAGUGGAGAAUUACCAACUUCCAUGAAAGUGGGCGUCGAAAUUUGUAUACUUAUUUCCGAAAUAUUAAGUGUGAAAAAUCUGAAUUAAUAGUUAAAAAGCCAAUUUUUAGAACGUGUCGAGAGCUUCGAUAUAUCGCCGGUACUACUACUAAUACAAAUAGUAACAGAUUCAGAACUUUCGAUACGCUGUCAUUGACACUGAGUUGCAGAAAUUUUGCAAAACUUUCAUCUUCCCAGUCCUUUUCUACGUGGCUUUCAACGAAGAUGUCUGAUGCUGACCAAGAAGAUCAUGGGAACGGGAAUACUCUUAGUGAGAGAACAGAACAAGAAGAAGUACAAGCCUUUGAUCAGCUUUUCCAAGAAAUUGUGGCAGAACUUACAGAGAAACAGAAAGAGUUGGAACUUCAAGAAGUUUUUAGGUGGUUUAAACAGGUCUUAGAAUACAAUGUAUUAGGUGGGAAGAGGAACCGAGGCUUGGCAGUGGUUAUGUCGUAUAAGCUGUUAGCAAAACCUGAAGAACUGACAGCAGAGAAUAUAAAAUCAGCCCAAAUCUUAGGCUGGUGUAUUGAAAUGCUUCAAGCCUUUUUCCUUGUCAGUGAUGAUAUCAUGGAUCAAUCAAUCACAAGAAGAGGAAAACUUUGCUGGUAUAAGAGAGUAAGUAGAUGUUCAGUAAGUUCAUUCUAUCUUGUGGUUUUCAAACUU